AACCAUGUCAGAAGAAGCUGGUGGAGCCCCAGCAGAGGCACCUGAAAAUGCUGAAAAUGCCGAGGCUGCUGAAGCAGCAGCUGGGGAAGGAGAUACAGCAGAUGUUGAGCAUACUGCAGUGAAAAUAGACGAGAUCGCGAGAAGAAUUUCAAGGAAGCAAUCAAUAUAUCAAACUGCUCAGGAAGAUGCGGAUGAGUUACUUGAUAUAGAUAGAACAGCUUUGGAAGCAAUUCUUGAUGUCAGUGCACGUUUAAAAGAUAUUCAGAAGAAGAGCAAGAUUUCUAUGAGUACUUUGGCAUUGGCUCAUGAGUCCUACAAAGACAAACAAGCAAAAGCCAAAGAAGCUCGCAAUAACAGAGCUGGAGGAUUGAAGACACAACAUAGAUUUUUGUUGGAAAAUGCUGCGUCUAUCUUAGAUAAAUCUAUUGAAUAUGUAUUGGAAGGAGUAUAUGACGCUGAUAUUCACAUCGAUCUUUUGGAUAGUGCAGUAGCUGAAGGCGGCAGAAAUUGUAUAGUUCUUUGUGAUGCGUGGUUGCCGCCAUUAAAAAUGGAAUCUGGCCGUUUUAUACCAAAUCAAAAAGGAAGAAUGGAGAGAACUUAUAUAUCUGAUGCGGCUACUAUUGGGACUGAGGGCAUGUGUGUUGGCAUGUACAGAAUUAAAAAUAAAGCAAUUGAUACUAAAAAUGUUGCUGAGGAUUAUUACUUAGUGUUCUUUGACAUGAAUCAAGAAAACGAGAAUGUUGUAUCAGGAAUAUUUAGAACGAUGAAGCGAGUUUACAUACCAGCCCUUAAUGUGUGUAAGGCAUGGGGAGACUUGAAUCCACCAAAUCCCAGAAGUUCAGAUAUAAUAAAAACGUACAUUUCGAAGAUAAUGCUUUUUACUGAUUAUCUUGAGAAAACAAAAAUAGAUUUGGACUGUUGUACAAAGUUCAAGAUAAACCUAUCGUUGUAUGAAGAAGAAUUAGCUGAUGCCGAAAAAAUGAAAUUGGCCAUCACUAAAACACAUGUUCUCGAAGAAAUUUGUUCUUAUGUGAAGCAGUGGAAUAAACAGAUAACUAUGGUCCUAGUCCAAAGCCAACAAUUACGUCGUGAGCCUUCGAAUAUCGGCCCAUUAGCUGAACUGGAUCAUUGGCGACGACAACUCACAACUUUUACAUCAAUAAUUGAGCACAUUAAAAGUGAUCCUUGUCAAAUGUAUAUUCAUACUCUUAUUCGAGCUAAAUCCAAACUUAUAAAGAAAUGGAGAGCUUUAGAUAACCAAGUUACAGAUUUUUACAAUGAAGCUUACGAUAAUGUUAAAUAUUUAUAUGCCCUGGAGAAGUAUUGUGAGCCAUUAUACCGAUGUGAUCCUUUAACAAUGCAACAGUUUAUACCUGGCUUAUUAUACACCGUCCGAAUGGUAUUCGCCACAUCCCGUUACUAUAACACAACCAAGCAGAUAUCCACCCUGCUGGUAAAGGUUACCAAUCAGAUAUUGAACAUGUGUAUGGACUUUUUGACGAACAACGGUAGGAAGACGAUUUGGAAUCAGGAUAAACUCAACUUUAUUAAAAAAUCGAAGUUAUGUUUGAAUUUAUAUAGCUUUUACCGGGAAUGCUACAGCGAUACGCAGGAAGAAAUGAGAGAGGCGGCUGACGAGAGGCCAUUUGAUUGUUCGGAGAUGUAUAUUUUUGGUAAAUUUGAAACAUUUAGGAGGCGUUUACUAAAGAUAAUAGAUCUAUUUCAAACUUACAUCACAUAUUACGUUUUAAACAAAACAACUUUGGAAGGAAUCGAAGAAUAUGCAGCAAAUUUUAAUAAGCUGUUCAAGGCAAUCUCUUCUAAGACGUAUGAUGCGUUAGAUCAUAGGCGACCAGAUUUUGAUAAAGACUACAAAAUUUAUAAAGAUGGAGUAUCUACUCAAGAGAUAUUGCUUGAAAAUUUCAUGAUUGCUAGUGUUAAUAAAUGUCCAACAACAGAAAUUGCAUUACAUCUCUUAGCAAGAUUCGAGACGUUGAAAUUAGAUUGUCUGUAUUUGGAAGAUCAGUAUUAUGAUUUAAUAAGCACAUACACUGCAGAAAUCGAGGCUAUACGUGAUCGUUAUAACGAAGAGCGCGAAAAUCCUGAACUACCAAGGAACAUGCCUCCCGUGGCCGGUAGAGUUAUGUGGAUUCGAUUUUACGAUAAGAAUAUUAAAGGGCCAAUGAAAGAGUUUAUGAAGCAUCAUGAAGUUAUAACUCAUAUGAACACCCAAAGAUGUAUAAAACUGUAUAAUGUAAUGUCUAUUGUUUUUACCGAGUUUGAAUUCAUUUAUCACAGUGCUUGGGCUGAAAAUGUCGGCCAGGUUCGUCUUGGUCUAAUAGCACCAUUGCUUAUUCGGCAUCCUGUUACUAAUCGGUAUAUUGUCAACUUCAGCGUAUAUAUCCCUGAGUGUAUACGAGAAGUGGAAUACAUGUGGCAAUUGGGUUUGAGUGUACCUGAUGCAGCACAAAUUGUUGCAUAUUGCAAAGAAAAAAUUUUCAGCAAUUUUGAAAGAAUAAAAUCUCUCAUUGACAGAAAUGAUCAAAUAAGAAGAAGUAUGCCAAAAUUGUAUUUGCCUUUGCUCCGAGCACAGCUUGUAAAAUUAGAAAAAGCGUUUCAACCAGGAUUCUCGACUAUCACCUGGACGGCGCUAGAAAUACCCGCUUAUUGCGACAAAAUAGAGGAAGUAUUAGACGAAGUCGAUCUAUUUGUCAAAGAGGUCGUAGAUAUGAAGGAAGCACGUAUUGAUGCAAUUUUGUUAUCUAUCACUAAAACAUUAUUACUAUAUCUGCCGGAACAAGCCGUGGACCCAACCGUUUUCUAUGAAGAAAACUUAGUGAGACGCGAUGAGAUAGCAAGCGAUUUGCAGCAAAAAUCUUGGAAUGCAGAGCUUGCUGUGAUUGAGCUUAUAAAUAAAUUCCUGGACAGUGUACCAUCCAAACAAAUCCAAGACUUGAAGAACAAUUGGUUGGAUACUGAAAAAGCUCUCAAGCAAGUGACCUCUGCCACACGAGUCUUUCCUGAAGAUGCGGCGUUUUUGGAGAUUGAGAAUCCAGAUCGUUUCGAACCAAUGCACGCGAUUAAUGAAUGUAACGAGUUAUUUGCUUAUUUCGCCACUAAGUGCGUGGAAGCUCUCAUAAAAUGUACCAGACAAAGUUUAGAUUUAUUAAGAAAAAGAGCGUCUGUUUCUAGCUUUUUAACAAUGACAACAGACCCUGAAGAACAGAAGAAAUUGAAACCACUGAUGUUAUCAAUGAUGUUUCUUCAAAUUCCAAGAGUACUGAUAAAACCAACUUUGGAAGAAAUACAGUCUGCUUUUUCUCAGGUUGUCUUAAAUUGCAUUAUGGAUAUACAUCGCAAUGUCUUCAUGUGGGGUCAGCAAGAACAAAUCAAGAAAGAGAAAAUGGCAGCCAUGUCUAGUCUGUCCACCACUAGAAGUAUCAGUUCGAGAUCAGGAUCAACAAUGACAGGGAUAAGAAAUUACUUCCGAAUGGUAUCCGAACAUAAAGACACAGUUCGGGCGGUCAUGGCUUUGCAAGGAAUGAUGUAUAUGUUCAAACCGGAUAUCGAAAAACUUCUUGUAAUCUAUGGAAAAUUUUCUCAUUUAUGGGCGGAAGACAGAGUGCAGCAAGUUCAAGCUUUUGUGGACUCGAAUCCACUAAAUGUUAUAAUUCGAGAUAUGCUAAAGAAAUACGAGGCACAGACGGAAGAAGUUCUCAAUUUGCCAGAACGACAUAUUGUUGGAUCAAUUCAAAUUAAUUUAGAAAAUCUGAAGUUGGCAUUGCACGUUGAAUCGAUUGAGUGGAAAAGGAUUCUUGGUAAAUUGUUAAGUCACGCCUACAAAGAGCGAGUGGAUAAACUAAUGAACUUUAUUAAGGAUAAAAUGAAAGUUAUGAGCAAGAAAAUCAAAGAUCUGGAUGAUGUACGAGUCGCUAUGCUCUGUCUUGAAUCGAUUCGGGAGGAAUUUAUUGGAAUGGACAUGGAGUUAGAUCUUAUUGAAGAGAGUUAUGCGACAUUCAGUCAUUUCAAUAUCGAUAUUCCGAAAGAUGAUAUAGAUAUGGUAUACGGAUUAAGAUAUGCUUUCCAAAAUAUGUUACUAACUUCUCAACAAGUACAACAACGCAUAGUGGAUAUGCAAGGUCCCCUACAAAAGGAGCUCACUGAAGGUGUAGCAACAUUCAAUUCAGAUGUACUGAAAUUUGAUGCUGAUUAUGAUGCUUUCGGACCAAUGACACCUGGUCUUUCUGCCAAGGAAGCUAGUGACAGAGUAAUUAUGUUCCAGUCGAGGUUUGAUGAACUGUGGAGACGUUUUGAAAUGUAUUCGAAUGGUGAAAAAUUAUUUGGAAUGGAAGUAAAAGAUUAUCCUAUACUUCAUCAGAAGAAGAAGGAGUUCAAUUUGUUGAGCAAACUGUAUAGUUUAUACCUUUCGGUAAUGAAUUCGAUCGAUGGAUAUUUCGAAACGCCUUGGGUUGAAAUUGAUAUUGAACAAAUUGUUUCCCAAUUAGCUGACUUCGAUCUAAGGUGUCGCAAGUUACCGAGGGGUAUGAAAGAUUGGCCAGCAUUUAUAGAAUUGAAGAACAAAAUUGAUGACUUCAACCAAACGUGCCCAUUGUUGGAGCUUAUGGCUGACAAAUCUAUGAAGGAUCGGCAUUGGCGAAGAUUGGAGAUUUUGAUGAAUUGCGUGUUGGACGUGGAAUCAGACACGUUCACAUUAGCUAAUGUCAUGGAAGCUCCUUUGUUACAAAACAAAGAGGACGUGGAGGAUAUCUGUAUCAGUGCGGUAAAAGAAAAGGACAUAGAGGCUAAACUGAAACAAAUCAUAGCUGAUUGGGCAGUUGUCGAUCUUACAUUCGCACCAUUUAAGAAUAGAGGAGAGUUACUGAUCAAAGCUCAGGAUACUCUAGAUAUUAUUACGAUGCUUGAAGAUUCUCUGAUGGUUUUGAAUUCUUUAGCAUCCAAUAGGUAUAAUGCUCCAUUUAAAAAAGAUAUAUUGCUGUGGAUUAGCAAAUUGGUUGGUACCACAGAGAUAUUGGAGAAGUGGUUGCAAGUACAAAACUUGUGGAUGUAUCUAGAAGCCGUCUUUGUUGGCGGAGACAUCGCUAAGCAGUUGCCUGCUGAAGCUAAGAGAUUUGCGACAAUCGACAAAACAUACGUUAAAAUAAUGUAUCGAGCCCGUGACAUCGUGAACUGUGUAGAGACAUGUGUAUCGGAUGAUACGCUCAAACAACUGUUGCCGCAUUUGUAUGAACAACUGGAGUCGUGUCAAAAAUCGCUGACUGGAUACUUGGAAACUAAGCGGUUGAUCUUCCCGCGGUUCUUCUUCGUUUCCGAUCCAGUGCUUUUGGAAAUUCUCGGUCAGGCGUCCGAUCCCCAUUCUAUUCAGCCUCAUUUGUUAAGUAUCUUCGACGCUAUUUAUAUGGUAGACUUCGAUGAUAAAGACAGAAUUGUUGGCAUGAACUCUGACAAUGGUGAGACUAUUCCAUUGGAUCGCCCAGUCACUUGCAUUGGAGGCGUCGAGAUUUGGCUCAAUACCUUACUUGAUACAAUGAAGGAUACUGUAAGGAAUUUCAUAGCCAAUAUUGCACAAACAAUGGCUGGAGACCCUGAGUUUGAAUUCCUCUCUGGAUUUUGGCACUUCCCGGGACAGGCAGGUCUAUUAGGAAUGCAGAUAUUGUGGACAAGUGAUGCUGAAUAUGCCCUCAAAAAGGCAAGAGUUGAUCGAUUCAUCAUGAGAUUAACUAACCAGAAGAAUUUAGAUUUACUCAAUGGCCUGAUUGACCAAACCGUAACAGACUUGGUGCCUUUAGAUAGAACUAGAGUGGAAACUAUGAUCACUAUUCAUGUUCAUCAAAGGGAUAUUUUUGACGAUUUAGUCAAAAUGAGAAUCAAGAGCCCCGUAGAUUUCGAAUGGCAGAAACAGGCCCGAUUUUACUAUUUCGAUGAAAGCGAUGAUUGUAUUGUGUCUAUUACUGAUGUCGACUUUUUGUAUCAGAACGAAUACCUAGGUAUUACUGAGCGUUUAGUAAUCACGCCACUAACAGAUCGCUGUUACAUAACUCUGUCGCAAGCGAUCGGGAUGAGUAUGGGCGGUGCUCCCGCUGGGCCCGCGGGCACGGGCAAGACUGAGACAACUAAGGACAUGGCUCGGACUCUCGGCAAACUGGUCAUUGUGUUCAAUUGCUCUGACCAGAUGGACUUUAGAGGUUUGGGUCGUAUAUACAAAGGGUUGGCUCAAUCCGGCACGUGGGGUUGUUUCGAUGAAUUCAACCGAAUUGAGCUUCCCGUGCUGUCUGUAGCUGCUCAACAGAUUUAUAUUUGCUUAACAGCCAGGAGAGAAAAAAAAGAAUUCUUUAUUUUCAGCGAUGGCGAUGUUGUAAGUUUAAAUCCAGAAUUUGCAUUUAUCAUUACUAUGAAUCCCGGUUAUGCCGGGAGGCAAGAGUUACCGGAGAAUUUGAAAAUUCAAUUUAGAUCAGUUGCCAUGAUGGUGCCUGAUAGACAGAUUAUUAUCAGAGUCAAAUUGGCCAGUUGUGGUUUCAAAGAGAACAUAUUACUGGCACGUAAAUUUUUCACUCUCUAUAAACUUUGCGAGGAACAAUUGUCAAAACAAGUGCAUUACGAUUUUGGACUUCGGAAUAUUUUAUCUGUGCUGAGAACUAUGGGUUCACAGAAACGCGCAAAUCCUGAGAGCACGGAAGAAAAUAUCAUGAUGAGAGUGUUAAAGGAAAUGAACGUAUCCAAAUUGGUUGAUGAAGAUGAACCAUUAUUCGUCUCUCUAAUUGAAGAUCUGUUUCCCGGAAUUAAAUUGAGUCAAACGGUGCAUAAAGAGAUGCAACGUGCAAUAGCAUUAGUGACGGAGCGAACUGGGUUGGUCAAUCAUCCUGAUUGGAACUUGAAGAUCAUCCAACUGUACGAGACGUCGCUAGUGCGUCACGGGUUGAUGACUAUGGGACCGACUGGUUCUGGCAAGACCACUUGUAUCCACACUCUGAUGGCGUCACUCACUGAAGUCGGUAAACCGCAUAAGGAAAUGAGAAUGAAUCCCAAGGCAAUCACCGCACCUCAAAUGUUUGGACGGUUAGAUGUAGCGACCAACGACUGGACAGAUGGAAUAUUUUCCACUUUGUGGCGACGUGCCUUGAAGGUGAAGAAGUCGGAUACUACCUGGAUUGUAUUAGACGGUCCAGUAGAUGCCGUAUGGAUAGAAAACCUCAACUCUGUUCUCGAUGAUAACAAAACUCUGACAUUGGCCAACGGAGACCGUAUAACAAUGGCCCAGAACAGCAAGCUGGUAUUCGAGCCAGAUAACGUGGAUAACGCUUCACCAGCUACAGUCAGUCGAAUGGGGAUGGUGUUUUUGUCAUCUUCUGUGCUUAAAUGGCAACCAAUACUGGAGGGUUGGCUGAAAAAGCGAUCACCAAAAGAAAGCGAUUGUUUCCGAACUGCAUUUAAUAAAGUAUAUGAUGAGGUACAUCUAUUUGUUCAACAAAAGCUGCCUGCAAAGAUGAAAUUACUUGAAGCUAUUUAUAUAAGACAAUGCAUUGAUGUUUUAAUUGGUCUCUUACAAAUUGAAAUACCUGGCGGAAAGUUGCACACGGACCGUCAUCUCGAGCGUCUCUUCAUUUUUGCGAUGAUGUGGUCUUUGGGUGCGGUUCUCGAAUUGGACGCACGCACUCGAAUGGCUGAAUUUAUGACAAAGCUGCCCGGAAGAAUGGACUGGCCUGGGGCUAAAUCUAAAGAAUGGGUCAUGCCUUUCGAAUACAUGGUUAAUGAAGCUGGUGUAUGGCAACAUUGGGCUGAAAUUGUCGAGGAUUAUAUUUAUCCAUCAGACAGUGUACCAGAAUAUGCGUCCAUCUUAGUACCUAAUAUUGAUAAUGUUUGUAUCUCGUUUUUGAUCGAAACAAUAGCGAAACAGAAUAAGGCCGUUCUGCUGAUAGGGGAACAGGGUACCGCCAAAACGGUUAUGCUUAAAAGUUAUAUGGCGAAAUAUGAUAAUGAAGUCAAACUGUUUAAAAUGAUCAACUUUUCUUCCGCUACGACACCAAAUAUGUUCCAGCGAAUUAUUGAGUCAUACGUGGAAAAGAGGGUUGGUAUGACGUAUGGCCCUCCUGGGGGCAGAGCUAUGACAGUAUUUGUUGACGAUAUCAACAUGCCCGUGGUUAACGAAUGGGGUGAUCAGGUUACUAAUGAAAUAGUGCGUCAAAUGAUGGAAUGUGGAGGCUUCUAUUCUCUCGAUAAACCUGGUGACUUCUUUAUUAUAGCGGAUAUUCAAAUGUUUGGCGCUAUGAUUCAUCCCGGUGGCGGUCGUAAUGAUAUUCCACCUCGAUUGAAAAGGCAAUUUAAUAUUUUUAAUUGCACUCUGCCAAGCAACGUCUCGAUGGACAAAAUCUUUGAAACAAUAAGCGCUGGGUAUUUUUGUAAAACCAGAUUUGAUAAGAAAAUUGUAGACUUCAUGCCCAGACUUGUGCGAGUUACGCGUAUUAUAUGGCAACAGACAAAGAUAAAAAUGUUGCCAACUCCAGCCAAGUUUCAUUACGUUUUCAAUCUCCGAGAUCUGUCUCGUAUUUGGGAAGGCAUUCUAUUUAUAAAGAGAGAAGAACUCCCAUCUAUAAAGACUGCACUGAAGUUGUGGUUCCAUGAAUGCUUGCGAGUUAUUUCAGAUAGGUUCACUACUUUCGACGAUAAGGAUUGGUUUGUUGCAACGUUUUGGAAGAUCGCUAGCCAAGAAUUAGCAGAUGUUAUCACUGAAUUUCCGGAGGGGGAGACUUUCUUUGUUAAUUUCCUCAGAGAGCCGGUGGAUCCGACUGGUGAUGAAGAAGAGGACUUUAGUACUGAGGCACCAAAAAUAUAUGAGGAACUUCCAACAUGGGAAUUCGUGUUGUUUAAAUUAGGACAAUUCCAAGAGCAAUUUAACGAUCAAAUUCGUGGUGCUCAUCUGGAUUUGGUGUUUUUCCACGACGCUAUGGUGCACUUGUUUAUUAUAUCCAGGAUUAUUAAUACUCCGAGAGGAAAUGCUUUGCUUGUCGGUGUAGGUGGCUCUGGUAAACAAAGUUUAACUAAAUUGGCUUCAUACAUAGCAAACUUUUCCUUCUACCAAAUUACUUUGACUAGAUCAUAUAAUGUUAAUAAUUUCAUGGAGGAUAUUAAAAUACUAUACCGCAUAGCUGGCUUACAGGGCCAUGGAAUCACAUUUAUUUUUACUGACAAUGAUAUAAAAGAUGAACAAUUUUUAGAGUUUCUCAAUAAUAUUUUGAGUUCAGGAGAAAUUGCUAACCUCUUUGCCAAAGAUGAAAUGGAUGAAAUAUUAAAUGAGUUGACUCCCAUCAUGAAGAAAGUUGCACCAAAACGAAUUCCAGUGCCAGAUGUGCUCUAUGAAUUCUUUAUAAUGCGUUCACGAUCGAAUUUGCAUGUUGUGUUAUGCUUUUCACCGGUGGGUGAAAAAUUCCGAAGCAGAGCGCUCAAGUUUCCUGGUCUUAUAUCUGGAUCAACAAUGGAUUGGUUUCAAAAGUGGCCUAGAAGCGCCCUGAUUGAAGUCGCACAUCAUUUCCUAUCUGAAUUUCCAAUUGUCUGCUCUCCCGAAACAAAGCAACAGCUCAUAGAAAUAAUGGGCAUGGUACAAGAUGACGUAGCCGACACCUGCAGCAUGUAUUAUGAUAGAUUCAGACGGCAGACGCAUGUUACACCUAAAUCAUACUUAUCAUUCUUAGAAGGAUACAAAGUGCUGUACAAAGAAAAACACGUAAACAUUGCUGAAAUGGCUAGACGUAUGACUACUGGUUUAGACAAAUUAGUUGAAGCUGCAGCAAGUGUUGAUGAACUCAAAAAGGAGUUAGAGGUCAAAGACCAGGAAAUUAAAGAAGCGACUGCAGCGGCUGAAGAGGUAUUAGCGGCAGUAGCUGAAUCUCAAGCCGCAGCAGAAGUGGUAAAGGCAGAAGUACUGGCCGUGAAAGAUCGAGCCGUGAAACUCGUGAGCGUCAUCGCGGCGGAGACUGCUGUCGCCGAAGAAAAGUUAGCGGCUGCUAAACCAGCUUUGGAUGCCGCUGAAGCUGCUUUAUUGACUAUUAAUGCCGCUGAUAUAGCGACGGUGAGGAAAUUGGGAAAACCACCAUAUCUUAUUACUCUUAUCAUGGACGCUGUAAUUAUUUUGUUCCGAAAGAAAAUUGAUCCCAUAAAACCUGAUCCGGAGAAAGAAUUUCUAAUGGCCUCUUGGGCGGAAUCUUUAAAGGUAAUGGCCGAUUCCAGAUUUUUAAAUAACUUAAAGUUUUACCCGAAGGACGAAAUAAAUGCUGAAAUGGUUGACUUGCUGCAGCCAUAUUUUAACUUUAGCCAGUACACAUUUGAGGCGGCAAAAAUUGCUUGCGGCAAUGUUGCUGGUCUGAUUUCAUGGACCAUUGCUAUGGCUCAGUUUUAUGCAGUGAACAAAGAUGUUUUACCCUUGAAAGCAAAUUUAGCAAUUAUGCAAGGGAAAUAUCAGGCUGCGAAAAAGGAGUUAGAGGCUGCUGAAGCUCAAUUAGAAGCAAAAGAACGUGAAUUAAGAGACGUCCAGCAAAGAUUCGACGAAGCUAUGACUUUGAAGCAAGCGGUGUUGGACGAUGCUGCUAAGUGCCAGCAGAAGAUGGACGCCGCGACUGCCCUUAUUAAUGGUUUGAGCGGAGAAAGAGUCAGGUGGACUGAACAAUCUGCCUUGUUCAAAUCGGAAAUUGAACGAUUGGUUGGCGAUAUUGUACUUCUUACAGGGUUUUUAUCAUAUUCGGGACCGUUCAAUCAAGAGUUCCGUUCGCUCUUAAUAAGCAAUUGGCUCACUGAAUUACUUAGAAGGAAGAUACCCGUAUCAAUGAAUUUAAAUAUAACUGAACAGCUCACGGACACAGCUACGAUUGGUGACUGGAAUUUAUGUGGUCUACCAACCGAUGAGCUGUCCAUUCAGAAUGGUAUCAUUGUAACCAAAGCGGCUAGAUUCCCGCUGUUAAUAGACCCUCAAACUCAAGGAAAGAUCUGGAUAAAGAAUAUGGAGAAAUAUAACGAUUUAAUUGUUACAACUCUCAACCAUAAAUAUUUCAGAAAUCACAUUGAAGAUUGCGUAUCCUUAGCCAGACCGUUGCUUAUUGAGGACGUUGCAGAGGAACUCGAUCCUGCGUUGGAUAAUAUUUUAGAGAGGAACUAUAUUAAAAUUGGUUCUUCAUAUAAGGUGAAACUAGGUGACAAAGAAAUUGAUGUAAUGGCAGGACAUAAGAUUUAUAUAACGACGAAGUUGCCGAACCCUGCUUAUACACCAGAAAUAUCGGCGCGAACUUCCAUCAUUGAUUUUACUGUCACCAUGCAAGGGUUGGAAGAUCAGCUAUUAGGUCGUGUAAUUUUAACUGAAAAGGCCGAAAUGGAAGCUGAACGUACACAAUUGAUAAUGGACGUAACAGCCAACCGACGUAAAAUGCAAGAACUCGAAGCGAAUUUGCUUCACAAACUGACGACGAUUCAAGGAUCUUUAGUGGAAGACGUGUCGCUGAUUCAAGUGUUGAAUAUUACUAAAGCUACAGCUACGGAGGUGCGAGAAAAAUUAGAUGGGGCAAAGGAAACAGAAAUAAAAAUAAACGCGGCUCGCGAGGAAUUCCGUCCUGUAGCAACGCGAGGCUCGGUUCUCUAUUUCCUCAUUUGCAACAUGUCCCUUGUGUGUAACAUGUACCAGACCUCGUUGGCUCAGUUCUUGGAGAGAUUCGAUAUAUCCAUGGAGAGAUCCCCGCAGAGUCCCAUCACUUUUAAGAGGAUCGCAUUCAUUAUUGAUUAUUUGACAUACGACGUAUGGAAGUACAUAAGCAGAGGUUUCUAUGAGAAACAUAAGUAUUUGUUUACGUUGCUUCUAACGUUAAAAAUUGACUUGCAAAAGGAGUACAUAACUUACGAUGAGUUCCAAACUUUUAUCAAAGGUGGUGCUGCAUUAGACUUGAACGCUUGUCCUCCGAAACCUUUCAAGUGGGUGACGGACAUGUCUUGGCUGAACUUGGUGCAGUUAUCGAAUCUUAGACAGUUCACAAAUAUUUUGAACCAAGUUUGUAACAACGAAAAGGGUUGGAAAAACUGGUUUGACAAGGAAGCUCCUGAAGAUGAACCAUUGCCUGACGGCCUACACUCGCUGGAUGUAUUCAGAAAGUUGCUCGUUGUGCGAGCUUGGUGUCCGGAUCGAACGUUGGCGCAGAGUUUAAAAUACGUUAUUAGUUCUAUGGGCGCCAGGUUUUCGGAAGCCGUGAUAGUUAACUACGAAAAUAUGGUUUUGGAAUCACGUCCAUUAGUUCCGUUAAUUGGUUUCUUAGCGAUGGGCUCAGAUCCAACGCCUUCCAUUGAAACUACUGCGAAGAGGUUGGAGUGUUUAUGCUCAUCUAUAUCUAUGGGACAGGGCCAAGAAGUGCAUGCUAGGAAACUUAUCGAUAGAGGUCUUAAAGAGGGCUUAUGGGUGUUGCUACAAAACUGCCAUUUGGGAUUGGAAUAUAUGGUAGAAAUUAUGGAGCAGUUUGCAGAACUCGAAAAGGAACCUGAAAAGGUGCAUGAGACCUUCAGAUUGUGGAUUACGACAGAGCCUCAUGAUAAAUUCCCGAUUACUCUUUUGCAAAUGGCGAUUAAAUAUACAUGUGAACCACCUUCAGGUAUCAAAGCUGGAUUGAUGCGAACAUACGACUCGAUGAGUCAAGAUUUCUUAGAUUAUAGCGACAGUCCCUUCUACUUGCCUUUGAUAUACACCAUAUCGUUCUUACAUACGGUGGUGCAAGAGCGCCGGAAGUUUGGUCCCCUAGGGUGGAACAUUCCGUAUGAGUUCAAUUCCGCGGACUGGCUUGCAUCCUGUAUGUUUGUGCAGAAUCAUUUGGACAUCCUAGAACCUGGCCAGAACGUCAGUUGGACGACUGUUAGAUACAUGAUAUCCGCGGUGCAAUAUGGCGGCCGAGUAACAGACGACUACGACAACCGUCUGCUUAGCACGUUCACUAGGGUUUGGUUCACAGACCAGCUGUUUGAGGAGGAUUUCCAGUUUUAUAAGAACUACGGUAUUUUAAAGUUCAAGAAUAUUCCGGAAUACUUAGAAGAAAUUGACAAGAUGAAGACGGUUGAUCCACCCCAAGCUUAUGGAUUACAUACUAAUGCAGAUAUAACGUAUCAGCGCAAUAAGACACAGGAAUUGCUGGACACAAUUUUGUCAAUUCAGCCAAAAGAAUCCAGCUCAGGCGGAGGAGAAACCAGAGAAGCGUCUGUGUACAGACAGAGUAAGGAGAUGCUUGAAAAGGUCCCACCGAAUUUUGAUCCACAUGAAGUCAAGGAAAGACUGAGAUAUUAUGGUAUGUUGAACUCAAUGGUGAUAUUUUUACGCCAAGAAAUUGACCGCAUGCAAAAGGUGAUCACAUUAGUGAGGUCUACGUUGAAAGACCUGCUUCUUGCUAUCGACGGGACUAUUAUUAUGAAUGAAAAUCUACGAAAUUCUUUGGAUAAUAUAUACGACGCAAAGGUGCCUAACAUAUGGCUGAAAAGUUCUUGGUCAUCUUCAACGUUGGGUUUCUGGUUUACCGAAUUUCUGGAGAGAAACAUUCAGUUUUCCACUUGGUGCUUCCAAGCAAGGCCCCUCUCGUUCUGGAUGACAGGAUUUUUUAAUCCCCAAGGAUUUUUGACGGCUAUGCGUCAAGAAGUAACUCGAGCGCAUAAAGGCUGGGCUUUGGAUAUGGUCGCACUUCAUAAUGACGUUACUAAGUCGCUUUAUGAAGAAAUAAAAGCCCCACCACCGGAAGGGGUUUAUGUACACGGACUUUUCCUUGACGGGGCUGGUUGGGACAGACGCAAUUUGCGACUUUGCGAGUCGACAUUGAAAGUGUUGUACACUGCGCUGCCGGUUGUACACAUUUAUGCGAUUAACUCCACUGCGCCUAAAGAUCCUAAGCUCUAUCAGUGUCCAGUAUAUAAGAAGCCCAGAAGAACAGACUUGACAUUUAUAACUCCUCUAUGGCUAACGACUAUUAAAAAUCCCGACCAUUGGAUUCUACGAGGCGUCGCUAUUUUGUGUGAUAUUAAAUAG